AUGACUGUAAAAAGCAAUCCAGCUGGAGAAAAUCAAACAAUUCCCAUGAUGUUUAUUCUUCUGGAUUUCAACACUGGGGAAUUUCAGCCUUUAUUUUCUAUAUUCUUUCUACUCAUCUACCUUAUAACUAUGACUGGAAAUAUUCUUAUUGUCCUUCUAGUGAUAGUCGACCAAAAACUUCACACACCUAUGUAUUUUUUUCUGGGAAACCUGUCCUUCCUAGAGACUUGCUACAGUUGCACCAUCAUGCCAAGGAUUGUGGUCAGGUUUCUGAGUGGAGAUAGUACUAUUUAUAUUAGAGGAUGCUUCACACAACUUUACUUCUUUGGGUAUCUUGCAACCACAGAAUGCUAUUUUCUGGCGGUAAUGUCUUAUGACCGCUAUUUAGCAAUAUGCAAACCAUUGCAUUAUGCAAUGCUUAUGAAUAGCAAAACCUGCAUCCUGCUUAUUACCGGGUCAUGGUUAAGUGGUUCGUUGUUUAUCAGUUUUAUCAUAUACCUUGUAUCUAAACUGAGUUUCUGUGGACCCAACAAAAUUAACCAUUUUUUCUGUGAUUUGAUCCCAUUGAUAAGGCUCUCGUGUGAUGAUAUCACUUUGGUGGAAAUUACAGCUUUCAUUAUCUCCUUCAUAGGAACUCUGGCUCCAUUUAUUAUAACUUUGACCUCUUAUGUUUACAUCAUUAAGAACAUUUUGAGAAUCCCAUCCGUAAAAGGAAAACAAAAGGCAUUCUCAACUUGUUCCUCUCAUCUCACAGUGGUAGGUUGCUUCUAUGGCUCCCUAAUAAUUGUUUAUGUCUUACCAAACUUAAAUUCACUGAAUAACCCAAAGAAACUGUUUUCCCUGUUCUACACUCUACUCACUCCUUUGGUCAAUCCCAUUGUCUAUAGUUUAAGGAACAAAGAAGUAAAGGGAGCAGUGAAGAAAAUAUUCACUAUAAUUCCUAAAGGUCACUGA